CCCACAGGGCGAUUACAGCAAAGCUUUACCGAUAAUGAUGACUGCUCUUGACUCUUCUGAGUUUGAUUCUUCUAACUGUACAUACACACAUGUAUAGAUAUAAAUUUACAGAGUAAGUAGGAAUUAGUUUGUAGUUGGAUUCCUUCCACCAAUUUCUACUCCCCAAGUUUUCCAAUUGGCUAAUCACUGUAGCGCGUCUGGGCUUGGAGUAGCCGUAAACGAAAGACAGUCCAUAUCCUUCCGUCUGGAAUGCUUCCGAUCAGCGCUACUGUCCAGGUGGGAGGGGAUGAACUCCCGGUUGAGGGAAGGGUUUUAUUUUUAUUUAUUAAUAGUUAAUUUAAUGGGUGUGAUUAAUAGAAUUACCUUUUUUUAUUACUUAAUCCACACUCUCAUUUGUGAAUCCGAGUGGAAUGUUUGGUUCAACCCAAUUUUCCGGUCCACCCACCGCCCCUUUUCACUAGCCAGUAGCCACAAAUCCACAACACUCCAACCGAAGUGGAGACUAUGUAAUUAAUCCUGAUUAUAUAAUUAACGGAAUCCAAUUAAUUAAUCAAUGCCUAGAUCAGACCUAUAUUGCUUUCAGAUGCACGCUAGCUACUCCAUCGUCCAUUUCUGAACUUAAUAUUCUUCACUUUAAAUGAUCGAUAAACGAAACGAAUCCAGAAACUCCUUGAAUGAAUUGUUCAGUAAUUCAUUCGUUACUUUAUCUCCAAUGAAAAGUAAUCCAUCUUUCAAGUAACCCUGCCCCAUUCUAUAUUCAUAUAUAUAUUAAUUAAAUGUAUUACAAAGGCCUGUCGAAUAUUAAUAAGUAAUUCACACAACUGUAAAUUUGAAAGAUAUAUGGAGGAUCUUCAUUAUUAUAAUAGUAAUAAUGAUUUCAGCGUAUCAUUUCGGAGGUGGAUGUGGUUGUUGGUGGCGGUGAUGGCGGUGGGGGGGCAAGAAGGGAAAUUGUCCGGAGUGGAGGGGCUGGGAUGCAAUUUGGGGUCUAGGGCAACGCAUCCGCUCCCGCCCGACAUCGUAGUGAAGCUGAUGAAAGACAACGGGUUCGACAAAGUGAAACUGUUCGAGGCGGAAGGUCCGAUAUUGAGAGCGCUGGGCAGGUCGGGGAUCGAGGUGAUGGUCGGAAUACCCAACGACAUGCUGGCCGGCCUCGCCGCCAGCGUCAGCGCCGCCGAGGCUUGGGUGGCUCAGAAUGUGUCCACUUUCAUUUCCAAGUAUGGCGUAGACAUAAGGCACGUGGCGGUAGGAAAUGAACCAUUCUUGAAAACGUACAAAGACAAGUUCGUGCAAACAACAUUCCCGGCACUGAAGAAUAUCGGAGCGGCACUGGUCAAAGCUGGCUUAGGUCGUCAGGUCAAAGUCACCGUCCCUCUGAACGCCGACGUGUAUGACACGUCCACCGGCGUUCCCUCCGGCGGAAACUUCCGGCCCGAGAUAGAACCACUCAUGCUCUCCAUCGUCAAAUUCCUGAGCGACAACGACGGCCACCUCACCAUCAACAUCUACCCUUUCCUCAGCCUAUACGCCGACCCCCACUUCCCCGUCGAUUACGCCUUCUUCAACGGCGCUGCCUCCCCGGUCGUCGACGGCUCCACCGUUUACACCAACGUCUUGGACGCCAAUUACGACACUCUGGUUUGGGCCCUCGAGAAAAACGGGUACGGAUCGCUACCCAUCAUCAUCGGGGAGGUCGGGUGGCCCACCGACGGCGACCAGAAUGCGAAUCUGGAGUAUGCCCGGAAGUUCAAUCAGGGGUUGGUGGACCGGAUAAUUCAGGGCAGGGGAACCCCGAAGCGGCCGUCGUCUCCGCCGGACACCUAUCUGUUCGGGCUAAUCGACGAGGACGCCAAGAGCAUCGAUCCGGGAAACUUCGAGAGACACUGGGGGCUGUUCUACUUCGACGGCACAAUCAAGUACCAGCUGGAUCUGGGAAACAACCGGAGUUUGACGCCGGCGAAGGGCGUCCGGUAUUUUCCCCGGCAAUGGUGCGUUUUAGCCGGGGACGCCAAUCCAGCGGACCCCGCCAGCUUGGUGGACUUUGUCAACUACGCCUGCGGCUUCGCCGACUGCACGAGCCUCGGCUUCGGCUCAUCCUGCGCCGGCUUGGACGCCAGGGGAAACGCUUCUUACGUGUUCAAUAGUUACUAUCAGACGAUGAAUCAGACGAGGAGCGCGUGCGGCGACAAGUCGCAGAACUUGGGGGUGAUUACGAAGAUCGACCCGUCUCCGACGCGCUCUUCGCAGGGAGGCGCGUGCAGGUUUGAGGUCAUGAUCGACGUCGCCGCGCACAAGAAGAGGUCUCCUUUUCCGGGCACUUCUUCCGCCGUGAAGCAGCAGAGUUCUUUUUCCGUUCUUGGGGCCGUGCAAACUGCGGUCACCAUUGUGUUUAUGGCGUUUUCAUGAUUUCGUAUUUAAUUUAUCAUUUUCUCUGCUGUAAAGUUAAAUGCAAAUUAGUUUCUUUGGCCAUAGAAACUCAUCAGCUUGCUAUGGUAUUAUGUUGUACAAUACAGAGUAGUAUUUUUCUACUUUACAAGUCUCAAUAAGGUCUUCCAAUGGGGCGAAAUUUUUUCAUGGGUGUACAGGGUGAAAAAUAUUUGGUAGUGUAGCGCGGAUAAUAUUUUUCGCUAGUAUAGUAGGGUGAUUUUUUUCCCCUAGUAUAGGGCUCUGUGGCUAGUUUUAUUCAAAAAAAUCAUUAAUACAUACAUGAUGACGUUAAAAAUUAUUACUCCUUCCGUCCCGUUGGAAUGUUUCCGAUUUGAC